UCCGGGUUGCAGAGCCUGUUUUUCGGACAUCAACAAUGUGCAGACAAUUUAAAUGUUUGAAGGCAGUGGACAGAGUGUUUGUUAGCCAAUUUACAUGCCUGUGUGUGGUGACUUUCUGUGUUAUCCUUCCAAUCAUCUGUCUCCACCUACGACACUCAUUGUACUACCUGUUAUGGGAAAAGAAUGUUGCUAAAGGUCGUGAUAGAAUGAGGGCAGAUAACAAUAAAAGAAUAGAAGAAGCAAAUGAAUAUCUUAAAAAAGUCAGUGAUGCAAGAACUCUUCAUGAACCUAAUGUGGGCCAUGAAACUAUGAACCACAUUGAUGUUGGUAUAACUAUAAUAACUGUUUCCAGAAAUCGACACCGUCUUGAUAAUUACGAGCCAAAAUAUUUGACACAAGUUGUUGCCAAAUUUAUGAAAGCCAUAGAGGAAACAUCCAACUUAAAACACACAUAUCAGCUAUUUUUGUGUGAUGUUGAUCCCAAUUCCUCCUCGUAUGCUGAAAUCAAGCCUUUAUCCAAAUUAGUGCCAAUUUUCCAAAGAUUUAGAAGUGAUUUAAAUGUUACUGUGGUAUGGUCAACUAUGAGCAUCAGUGAGCGUUUGGAGAAAGAGAAAAGAGAUUAUGUAUUUUGUGGCCGUAAGACGUUGAAUGCAAAUGUAUCAAACAUCUUUCUCGUAGAAGAUGAUGCUCUUCCACAUGAAGAUCUACUUCCAGUGUUGGAUAGAGUAAUUUCCAAUGUAUUUGACAAGACAAAAUCAGAUCAUAUACAUCACCAAAAGAAUGUUACUUAUAUCAAAUUUUAUCAUCCAGAGCGUCUGCUCGGGUAUAUCAGCCUCGAACCAGAGAGAAUUCCGGAACUUUUUUGUUUGAGUUUUCUUAUGAGCACAGUAAUGAUGUUUUGUUAUCGGAAAUAUCGUCCAAUUACUUCGUCCUAUACCCGCAUUUUAUGGUUUUGUUUUUUUGUUUACUCUUGUUCACUGUUAUUACUAAUUGGUCGUCAGAACUUAUUAGAACUACGCCGAAUGUCAAGUCAACUGUACCAGGUAACACGUGCCCCAGCAUGCUGUACCCCCGCCAUUUUGUACCCAAGUAAAGGCAUGGAGGAAGUUUUAAGUUACUUAUCAUCAGUUCGUUGUAAAGAGACAUUUGGAAAAGAUUAUGCACUUGAAAAAUUUAGAACAACUUUUAAGAAAACUGGUCUUAUGGUGCAACCUAAUCUUUUUACUCACAUUGGAAUGUACUCAUCUUUACGCAAUGAAGUAUUAGAUCCAUUUAUUGUGUGAUUGGUGCAACACGAGACGUCAUUGUCUCAUGAAUCAGGGAACCAACUUUCAUGACCAGUUCUGCAAUAUAUUUCUAUAUGCCAAUGUAUUACAAGACCCACCACACAGUUGAAAAUUUUGACAUGUAUAGAAUUAGCCUUUAAAAGAUAUGAAUCACAACGCUGUUGCAUGUCUGUAAUGCUUAGUUUUAAUAUUCACAAUGAUCAGAAUAUCUGAGUAGAUAGGAAAUGACUGUAAUCUGAUACUUGUAUACAUUAAAUAUUCCCUGGCAAAUAUAUCUUUGAAAAAAUAUGUAUUUAAAUUGCCAUAUACAGUUCAUUUUUGAAAGUAUGAGAUUAUGGCGUUAUGAUCAAAACAACAAUCUUCAGCCAAUCACAGCUCAGUAAGGUGGUUUUGUAUCUAUGGUCAUAACAAUCUAGAUAAUGGGUGUAACAGAACCUAUCUUAAUUAUGUGAUUAAUAUAGGUUUAAACAUUUUUUUUCUUACAAAUUUUGUCUUUAAGUUCAAAUUUAUACAUAAAGUAGAAAUAGAUUAUUUAUAACAUUUUUGGGGUUUAAAUAUUGUACUUGUGCCAUUUUUGAUGU